UAUAACAAUCUUGUCAAAGUAGUCUUGUAGUUGCAGUUGUAUUGCCGGCUCACUUGUUUACAGUUGACAAACAAUGUAAAUUUUUUUGUAGCAAAUUUGGGUUUGUUUCUUUGUUUGGUGUGUAUAUAUUUGCGAAUUUUCAGUACAGAAAAACUGUCUCAAAAAUAUAAAAUAGUCGCUUCUCUUUUCAUAUAUUUUAUUUAAGCCUAAAAGCCAAAAAUUUUCAGUUUAUAUUACAUCACGUCCACGCUGUCCGCUGACUGCAAAACAUUGAGUAUUUUAUAAGAAGUGUUCAAAAUACGAAGUGUCAAGUGUUCUUUGAUUGUCUUUGAUUAACGAAAGUUGUAAUUCAAUUCAAAUUUGAUCAAAGGAUGAAAAGUGGAAAUAGUCAUUUGAUUAUAAAUUGAAAUUUAUGGUCAUAAUGUCAGCUCAUAGUAUGGCACAUGAACAUGAACAUAAUCAUGGCACUUGCUGCAAGUCUGUAAGCCGAACAUGUUCACAAAAUUUUGAUGAGAUGGACUUCGCCAGAGGAGUUUGGUAUGCUGCAAUGAAUGGUGACGAAGCUCGAGUUCAAAAACAUUUAGAAAAGAAUUCUUGUCCAGAUAUUGUAGAUAGUGCUGGUUACACUGCCUUGCAUUAUGCUGCCCGUAACGGUCACAUUGAUGUAUGCAGACUACUACUAAGGCACGGUGCUAAUCCCAACUGUGAAACACGUGCUGGCAGAGCAACGCCAUUGCACAGAGCUGCAUAUGGUGGACACUUAGAAAUUGUGAAAUUAUUGGUUCAGUACCAGGCAAAAUUAGAUUUGGCAGAUAUUGAUGGACAAACUGCAUUGCACAAGGCAGCUCAAAAAGCUCAUGAAGAUGUGGUCAAGAUUUUGGUUGAUGCAUUUGUAUUGUUAACAUCUGUUAGAGAUAAAUGGCAUAAACGUCCCAUUGAUUAUGUUCCUGAGAUCGAGGUCGAUAUUGCAAAGCACGGAUGAAGACUGCAUUGAGGUCAAUAUUGCAAAGAACGGAUGGAGACUUGUGUCCUUACGUAAAAGAAGUAGCUAUAUACAAUUUUAACCGUUAGCCAAGUUUCAAGAGGAAAAAUCGGUAUCGUUUUUUCACGCUUGUGAUAGAUAUUUGAAGAAACUGCUCUUGAAACUAACUUAAUUUUAAUGAGCAUGUGCUCUUUGAAUUAAGUCUACUUAAAAUGGAAAGCUACGUUUUGACCAUAUUGUUAUCCAUUCUUAUUCCAUCGCUCGGGUUCCUCGCCUUGUUUCUUGGUUUCUUAUUCUCAAGAAGAAAUGCCUUUUUUUUGAAAGAUGGAUUGCUGCUAAUGAUGGUUUGUCUGAGAGACAAAAUGAAUGUCCAGAUGAAAUUACAGCGGCGGCAGUUUCUGCCAACGUUAAUGAAGAAUCUAUUUUUGUCAUGGACAAUUAUUCACCGAGAGAACAAACGUGUGUUUCAAUUUCAUGGACUCAGUUUACACCUCUUCCAACGUACUCCACUCUUCCACGAAAUUCGACUCGACCACUUUCCUCAAAUCCUGCUCCUGAUUAUUCAUCUCCACCUUCGUCGGCCCGAUAUGGUUAUCGACUUUCUCCCAGUAAUUAUUCUCAUUUCGGUCAAGACCCUUCAGUGAAUCGAAAUGAAAUAAUACAAGCAUUACCAAGCUAUUGGGAUUGUUAUAUUUUAGAUGCUCAUUACGAUGCGCCUCCUCCCUACGAUUCUAUAGAAAAUAUUCACGUGGAUCAGCCACAGGACACGCAUGAAAUUCUUCCUGGUGGACUUUCUACUGCUCAUGGUAGUGAAACAUGGAUUUGAUUGUGUUUAUUGCAAGUUUGUGUGAUGUAGAAAUAUUGCGCUUUUGAUAAGUACUUGUUUUUACCACAAAAACAAUUCAUAUUUAUUGUAAAUGUGGUUCGAUGGACUUUGCGACCUCUUUGUUUUAGAUUUUGACAAAAUCUAACAAUUUGAGGUCCGGAAAAAUUAUUACGUUCUUUUACAAAAUGUCGCAGUGAUGAGGAAAUUUUUCGAUGGAAAUUGGAAAUACGUAGAACAUUGAAAUAUCGCAAUUCUUGCUCAAUUUCCUGUGUAUUGCUACGUGCUAGUUUUCCCCUUCAAACGUCCUGUGUUGUCGCCGAUUUUUUAUCGCCACGUGCAAGCAGUGAUGCUGAACUGAAAGUUUUUAUGUUCCAUCAAGAUUUAGUCAUAUUAAUGGUUGCGCAACUAUGGCAUAUUCAUACCGGGAAAAUAUUUUAUGUGUACACACACGCGAGUUUGCGAUGUAACUAAUAAAAACUUGUUAAAGAAAACUUGUUGCGGAAAAAUUUCUUUCUUUGUCACCGGCUUUAACAUUUCAAGUUUUAAAUUUCCAUUCUCAUAACUUCUAGUUUCGAGUUUUCGAUCACCUAUUUGAUUUGCGUUUGUAUUUUUGAGACCAAUACACAACCCACUGAUCAAAUGGACUGGAAUGCAAAAGGAUAACUUUUCUCUCGGAAAUACAUUUGAAACAAAAAAGAUCAAACUAUUCGUGAAAUAGUUGGCGGGGAAACUGACUCGAAUGGAUGAACACCAGCUGUUUUAGCUGUUUUAUUUUACAAUAUUUAGCUUAUGUAUGAAUUUGUUCUAUAGAUUGGUUUUCAUUACGAUGCUAAUUAACUGUUAUUAAUUGACAAUUAACGAGUUAUGAUGUUUAAUAAACAAACUUUAAUUAAAAUUAUUGAAUGGAUAAACGAUUUCGUGAAAAUGAAUCUUGUGAAUAGAACUUCAGAAGAUAUCGGACAAAAUAACAUCAAAAGGUUUUGCUGGAAGUUUUCGACAAUCAUGGAAAAAUUUUCUUGAUAAGUUGUAAUAAAUAUGUGUUUUCCGACUUC